UAAGCAACAAGCUAGGGCUAGAAUCGCUCUUUGUCUCUUUUCUUCUCAUCUUCUCCAUGGCUGAGUCUAGCAAGAGAUCCGCAACCAAAGGUGAAGCAACUCCCGCCGUGAUUAAGGCCACAAAGUCUUUGAAAGAACUCAAGAGGGAGCAGGAAGAUGAUAUAAAGACCAAAGUGAAUCUGAAGAAGCCGAAGAAAGAUGUGAUAAUUGCUCAUCCCGGGAAGGAAAAAUCUGAGAUGAAGGAGAUUAUGAAAGGAAUCGCUGAUCGUCUUCAGCGGCUCGAAGCAAAGGUGGAUUUGUUGGCAACGAAGGCAGAUCUACAGGCGAUUUUGAUCGCAGUAAAGGGUGAGAAAGUUCCUGUCAUGAAGCCUCCUGCUGUGUCUGCUUCUGACAGCGAGGACUCAUCGUACAUGGACACUUCUCCAGAUGACAAAGUUACUCGAACCAAGGCAGAGACCAGUUCGUCUGAGGAUGAAUCAUCUUCUUCUGAGGAACCUGCAAAUAAACCUGCUGCAAGUGCCAAGCCAGCUGCAUUUACCAUACCACCAGCUGCGUUUACCAUACCACCAGCUGCUAAAGUUUAUCCAUACCAGCAGAUUGUUGGUGGCAAUGGUCAAACGAUCUCUGUUAGGGGCUUUGACCCUUCCAUUCCUGUGGAUGAUAUCAAGAGCGCGUUGAGUAAUUAUUUCUCUUCUUUUGGGGAGAUUACACGCGUAUUUGUUCCCGCAAGCCGUCAAACCGGUGCUUCCUUGGGAUAUGCUUACAUUGAUCUGAAACAAGGAGCAGAGAAGGCGUUGAAACUUCGUAGACAUGACGUAGGAGGAUGGAAUCUUGUAGUUGGUGAGGCUGAACCAAUUCGCAGUGGAAGUAGUUGGCCUUUUCCUGGCCGUUGUGGCUCUAUUGGCCGUUGUACCUACUGCUAAAGCUUUGGUGAUGCGAGGAAGAGGCUGCUCCUCGAACUAGUUUUACUUCCUCAAGUAGGAAAUAGAAGAUAUGUAGCGUUUAUUUAAACUUGUGAUGCAAUGCAACAUUAUUAUAUUACUUAUGUUCUAGUUAAGUUUUUG